GUUUUUUUGCACUGCCUUUAACUCAUUGGAAGAAAGACAAAAUAUAAGGAAAAUAAACAUAAUGAGCAGUAAUGGUUAGGUGCAGCUGGAAGAUACAAUAGUUGUAUUUUACUGAGUUAAUUGACCCCCUAUAGCUCAUGCAUUUUCUUGCAAUUGUUUUCUAGUAGAUUGCUCAUAUUACUAGACUCAUGACACCACAGAUGUAUCCUGUAUGAGUUUCACUAUGAUCUGUGUAGAGUGGUAUAUAUAAUGCAGUGUAGUGGUAUAUACAGAUUACAUUGAAUAAAUUGUUGUGUGUUUUAAUAGCUUAAGCAUCUUCAGGUCCUCUGUCAAAAGCAAUAAUAUAUUUAUUCUGCUUUAGUUAUUAAGAAUUUGAAUUAAUAGCACUUCUGAACAGUAUAUCAAAAUAUUUUCUUAAAGUGAUGACUGUCAAAUUGGUAGCUGCCAGUUUAGCAAUGUUCAGGCCUGUACUCUUAUUUAAUGGAAUGGUGUAUAGGUGUCUGGCAGAAACUCAGCUUGCUUGAAGUGUAGUGCAGCGUAUUUAAUAUGGUUGUUCAUUGUGCUAUUGUUCUGCAUGACCGUUAACUAAUGAUCACUUAUGUCUUUCCCCUUUAACUUACAGCAGGCAAGAUGAUAAAGGGUCUGAAAACGAAAUCUCAUGAGGAAUGGUUAUGGGAGUUGAUAUGCUUAGCCUGGAAAAAAGGAGACUGAGAGGUGAUAUGAUAGCCAUCUUCAACUAUCUGAAAGACAGUCACAUGAAAGUUGGGCAAUAGGGGCAGUAGAGGAUUCCUAUUGGUGUACCAACCUCUCCGCUGCACCAAGGCCCUGCCUAAAAAUCCUUGCCAACACAACCUUACAAGGGGCUGCUUGGGACUUCAUGGAAAGUAUGGCUGCCAUGGGGCUGUCCCUGAAUAACACUUACAUCUGGUGUUUACCUCUAUGGAUGUGGGUAAUCUGACACUAAGUUCCAGUGAAACAAAAAAAGUGCCACAGUCAUAUCAGUUCCUGGUGCAAUUAGACUUAUCCAUGACCCUUCCCCUCCACAGGGAAGUGAGACCAAUUUGAAUGGUCCACCCCUGUCACUUAAUGGAUCCAGAUGGCUUCCAGAGAGUGGUAGGGGAUGUCUUAUCCCAUGUUGUUGGCCUUUCAGCUGAUUCCCUGGUGGCCCACUGGAAUAAGGGGAUAACCAGGUCUAUUGACUGUCUGGCUCUGAAGCAUCACGCUGAAAGAAUUGCUGAGAUGGCUAGAGCGCCGGUGGCAAAAAAACUCACUCUGAAUUGGAUCAAACACGAGUUAGAGCUCAACAUUGAGCCUACCAAGUGGCAAUAGAGACAGCGAAGAGGACUUUCUUCGCUGCCCCUAUUGCAUUUACAGAAAACAGCAGCAGGCGACUCUUUCAGGUGGUUUGCAGUCUAACUGAACCACCUUUGCCAUUGGAGUCCAAUAAGGACUCCCAAGAUCUUCUGUAGUGAUUUUGCAAAGUUUUCUUUGCAGAUAAAAUCACAUAUUAUUCGAAAAGAGAGAGACUCCUACAUGGUAACAGGGAGCAGCGGCACUGUAAUGACACUGUAGUAAACUCCAGGUGGCUUGGAGUUGUACAUUUAUUAGAAUGUUUUCACAGUCAAACUACUUUAACUAGCUUAUGACUUGCAAGACAAUCAGUGUUAAAACAGAGACAUAAUUUUGAAGGCACCUUUUUACUAACACAGUAGUACUAUAGAGGAGGGUAGAGGAGCUUCAGUGAACCAUCUGUGUUCCUUGUGGCUUUUCAUAAACUCUGGAGAGAGCAGCCAGCAUUUUUUCUAACACCAGUGUACUAAACAGGAUUCCAUAUUAAUGACUCAUUCCAUUGGUGUAAAAAAUUGGAUUCCCUUUGGAUACAAAUGUUUGCAACUGAGUAACUGUAAAGGCAACAAUGCAGUUUGGGACCCGAGUCCUUGAAUGACCUCUUCCUGCAAAAUCAGCCUGUCUGGCUAUUAACAACAGAUCCUUGUACGUAUUCUAAAAGCAUUGUUGACUCAGAUUGGAAAGGGCGUUUUUUAGUGGCUGUAUCCAUACUCUGGAAUUGCUGCUUGAACAGAGCAACUUACUAGUACUCUCUUCCCAGCUAGUCUUCUGCUCAAGAGUAAAGACUUUCCUUUUUAAAAGAGCCUUCAGUUCUUUGUGACUGUAGUGAGUUACAGCAGUUGGAUCUGUUCUUUUGUGUUUUGCUGUUAUUGCUACUUUUAAGUGAUUAUGUUGUCUCCGAUAGAGAGGCUCUCACACCAAAUGACACAGGUCAUUUAGGACUUUAAAGGUGAUAACAGACAUCUUGAAUCUAGUGCUUAUUGGGUUUAAUAUGUUUUGGCCAGCCCCUCUUAAUAAAUAAAAGUUACACAUUUUGUCCUGGCUGCAGCCUCUGGAGUGUCUGAUUGCCCCACAAAGAAAGUAUUAAAAUAGAUUGUACUGAAGUGUACCAGUCCUUCAAUACAAAAAUGGGAUCCCCAAAGGCCCAGGACACCAUAGGUCUUCAAAGGCUCUGGAGUUCUUGCUAUCAAACCUUCAUGACUGAGGGCUGAUGUACAUUAUUAAAAGCAUCUUAAGAGGUGAAAUGUUUGGGCAGGAAUGAAAAUGUCUUAGGUACACUAUGUAGUAAAACAGAAGUGCCAAAGGAUUGGCACUCUGCUGCAGAUUAGCACUCUGUUGCAAUGUUUGUUUUGGGAAACUUUGCUAUUUAAGUAAGCAUGCAAAAUAUACAGUUGGUUGGACUGUGUUUAAUUUUGUUUCCCUAGCUUAAAAAACAAUGUGUGACUAAACCCUGUGAGCAGGGUUCUAUCAAUGCAUUUGUUGUUGAGUUCAAUAGAUAUGGUUUAAGAUUCUUAAAUGGAAGAGUUCGUAAUGGGAGUUGUUUGAUUUCAAUGUCUAAAAAGAAUUCAUCUUUGAACUGAGAUUUUAUCUAACAUGCAAGCUCCCAUGCCAAUAAAAAAUGAGGAAAAACUACCGUGUUUCUCAUAUUUUAAGGCAUCCCUAAAAAAUAAGGCAUGGCAGGAUUUUCAUGACCUGGCGAAAUAUAAGGCAUACCCCGAAAAUAAGACGUAGCAGUACCGGGUUGUGGUGGGAGCAGGUCUGUGCAAAAUACGGUACCGUAAGAAGAAAAGGAAGAUGCCUCCUCGGAACCGGAUGCCGCUGCCACGUGGAGCUCCGUCCGAGUGGGAGCCAGCAAGAGCUGCAGCAGGAGCCUCAGUGCGAAGCCCGGCUACGGUAGAGCCUCAGCGCGCGGCGCCGGGACCCUGCUAGACCCGCAGCUCAAGCCGCGCAAAGCCCGGCAGCCGGCAGGAGCCGCGGCGGGCAAAGAACAAAGGAUCGGGACCCUGCUAAGCAAAGCCCCGGCAGCCGGCAGGAGCCUUAGCGGGCGAAGCCCGGGAGCUGGCUGGAGCCGCAGCUCAAAGCGCGCUCCUGAUAAGCCCCGGCAGCCGGCAGGAGCCUUAGCGCGCAGCGCGCGAAGCCCGGGAGCUGGCUGGAGCCGCAGCUCAAAGCGCACUAUCGGUAAGCCCCAGCAGCCAGCAGGAGCCUUAGCGGGCAGCGCGCGAAGCCCGGGAGCUGGCUGGAGCCGCAGCUCAAAGCGCACUAUCGGUAAGCCCCGGCAGCCUGCAGGAGCCUUAGCGGGCAGCACGCGAAGCCCGGGAGCUGGCUGGAGCCGCAGCUCAAAGCGCACUAUCGGUAAGCCCCGGCAGCCAGCAGGAGCCUUAGCAGGCAGCGCGCGAAGCCCGGGAGCUGGCUGGAGCCGCAGCUCAAUAAGACAUCCCUUGAAAAUAAGCCAUGUUGUGUUUUUUUGAGAAAAAAAUAAAUAUAAGACAUGACUUAUAAUAUGAGAAACACGGUAAAUCAGAAUGUUUUCCAUAUUAUAUAUAUUCCAUGAGACAUCUGCUACUUUUAGAACAAAUCUGCACUCAGCUGGCAGAGUGUUACAAGCCUGAAGCUCUUCUUUAGGCACUGCCUACUCAAACAAAUUGCAGCGGAUUACAUGAAAUAAACUCUCAGUCAUGAUUGUGGGUUUUGUCAGCUAGUGUUUGCAGUUAGUAGGAGUUUGCUCAAGUGUAAUGCAAAGGACAACUUUUUAAUGUAACAAAUGGAUAAAAUAAGUACUAGAAAUUAAUCCAAGCAUCUUUAUUCCCAUCACUUUGAUUUUAUUAAAGAAAGCCUUUCACAUUUCUGUAUUCUAGAAAAACAAAAGAAUGAAAACUCCCAGAUGCCAAUAGUGCCUUCAUUGGGUGGUUUUGUAACAAGUUUUGUGGGGGAUUUUUUGUUUCUUUUGGGUGUAUGUGUGGCAACUUACUUACCUUCAGGUUGUAAAGGAGCAGCAAUAUAGUUGCAUAUUUAUUGCUAUUAUUGUUGUAGUCCUAGUCUUAUCAGCUGUCUUAUUAAAGAUCUUACAUUUUUGCAUUUGACACUGCUCUGAAAUGUUUGCUAGCUACGUGGUGUCUUUUUAAAACAGCUUUUUAAAACAGUAAAAAGGUAAAGGGACCCCUGACCAUUAGGUCCAGUCGUGACCAACUCUGGGCUCAUCUCGCGUUAUUGGCCGAGGGAGCUGGCGUACAGCUUCCAGGUCAUGUGGCCAGCAUGACAAAGCUGCUUCUGGCGAACCAGAGCAGCACACGGAAACGCCGUUUACCUCCCCGCUGGAGCGGUAUCUAUUUAUCUACUUGCACUUUGACGUGCUUUCAAACUGCUAGGUUGGCAGGAGCUGGGACCGAGCAACGGGAGCUCACCCCGUCGCGGGGAUUCGAACCACCAACCUUCUGAUCGGCAAGCCCUAGGCUCUGUGGUUUAACCCACAGCACCACCUGCGUCCCUCUUUUAAAACAGUACUCAUGUUCAAUUGUUUGUAUAUUCUGGGAUUAUCAAGAGCCAGUGUGGCAGCAUAGUGUUCAACUCCUAUUAAGCUGUGAACUUCACUGAGUAAUUUAGGUUCCUUGCACUCUGAGCCCAACUUACUCCAUGGGCUGUUGGGUUCUCCCUCCAUUUCUGUCAUUUUAUCCUAUGUAUUCUGGCACCUUGAGGACAAAUGUAUUGUGGCAUAAACAUUCAUGAACUACUCAUACUUAUAAUUGGUAAUCCACAAUUUUGGAACAACAGGGUACCACAGGACUUUGCUUCUUUCUACAGGCUAGCUUGAUUUCAUAAUUGAAACACAUGGACACAACACUGGUUCCCGACGUAUUAAAUGUCAGGUGUCAUAGUAAAUGAAAUACAAAAGGAUGUGAAAUUCAUAUAUACAUUUAUACAAAAUGCAUUAUUGAAAAAGUGUUUCUCUGUAAGAUCAAUAGUUUUCCAUGCUGAGUUUUUCUUAUUUAAGAGGUUUCAGAGAAUUGUAAAAUUGCAUGGAUUAAAAUAAUGAUCCCUACUAUAUUACUUUAUUUAGCAUAUUCCCAAACAUAAAUGGCUUUUUAAAAAAACCAAAACUUGGUGCAGAAGAAGAAUCAAAGAAUUUGAAGAAGACAAGAUAUGCAAGAAUUGCCUGUGUACUGUUUACAGUCAUGGGGGAAAAGAAAUAGAAUACAUAUAAUACAUAUAAUAACAACCAUCUGUUCCAUAGCAGGUUUUAAAAUUAGGUAAAUGCAACCUCGGAUGAACAACAGCACACAACAUACUACACCAUGUCAUGAUAUAUUUAACAGAAAUAGCACCAAAAUGGAGAAGCUAUGUGUGAAAAACUCAUAAUAUUAUUUUGGAAGAAUAUUCUGGGUUCUGCUGCAGCAAUAUUUCAUUAUCUGUUUUGACACACUUACAAUACAAGAGCAUAUAUUCCUUUUGGUGAAGCAUCAGUGAGUCUUUCUGUGAAUUGUAGUGUGGAUUAGGCUCUUGGAAGAAAUGGCCUGUGUUGUUUGUGCUAGCAUGUACUGUAUGUUUCCUCUGCUGAGGGAGGGUCAGGAAGAAGACAAAACAAUGGGUAAAGUAAAAUGCUCAUUCUGAAUAAAUGCCUGGAUUUGUGUCAGUGGGGGAUUUGUGAGUGAGACAUUUCAAACCAUAAACUGGUAGCAUCUGGAGUUUUCUGACUGAAUAAUCAUGGCAAAUUUUAAUAGAUUCAGAAUUCUCUAUUGUAGUUUCAGUUCAUAAACAGCAAUCCAAACCUGGCGUCCGGGACGAGUGGUGGAUCUCAUGCUGACCAGAGCAAGAAGAUCCAACAGAUGGGGAAAGAUUGCCAAAGAAGCAUUAUCUGGAAUAAAAGAGACUGAGGAGGCUAUCAACGAAGUAUAGAACAGAGAAGAUCUACCCAACAGUCACUGGAGAAAAAGAAGAAAAUGUGAAAAAGAACAGAUACAAGGACAUACUGCCAUUUGACCACAGCAGAGUUAAACUGACUUUAAAAACUCCCCCUCAAGAUUCAGACUACAUCAAUGCAAAUUUUAUUAAGGGAGUACAUGGGCCAAAAGCAUAUGUUGCCACCCAAGGACCACUAGCAAACACAGUAAUAGACUUCUGGAGGAUGAUAUGGGAGUACAAUGUUGCAAUUAUUGUGAUGGCUUGUCGAGAGUUUGAAAUGGGAAGGAAAAAAUGUGAACGUUACUGGCCUCUGUAUGGGGAAGAAGGUGUUUCUUUUGGACCAUUUCAUAUUUCUUGUGAAGCUGAGCAAGUCAGAACAGACUACUAUAUUAGAACUCUGCUAUUGGCCUUUCAGAAUGAAACACGUAGGGUUUAUCAAUUUCAUUAUGUGAAUUGGCCUGACCAUGACGUUCCAUCAUCUUUUGACUCUAUUCUGGACAUGAUCAGCUUAAUGAGGGAAUACCAGGAGCAUGAAGAUGUUCCUAUUUGCAUACACUGCAGUGCUGGGUGUGGAAGAACAGGAGCCAUCUGUGCCAUAGAUUAUACAUGGAAUUUGUUGAAAGCUGGGAAAAUACCAGAGGAGUUCAAUGUGUUUAAUUUAAUACAAGAAAUGAGGACACAAAGACAUUCUGCAGUACAGACUAAGGAACAGUAUGAACUUGUUCAUCGAGCCAUAGCACAGUUGUUUGAAAAGCAACUUCAAAAAUAUGAAAGUUGUGCAAAUUGGAAAAUUGCAGAUGGGCUGGAUGAAGUUGGCACAGAAAAUACCGCCAGUUCUGGAGACCUUGAGAAACAGGAUUCACCUCCACCAAAGCCACCUCGAACUCGCAGCUGCCUUGUAGAAGGAGAUGUAAAAGAAGAAAUUCUGCAGCCUCCAGAGCCUCAUCCAGUACCACCCAUUUUAACACCAUCACCUCCUUCAGCUUAUCCAACAGUAACAACUGUUUGGCAGGACAAUGAUAGAUACCAUCCAAAGCCUGUUCUGCACAUAGUUUCUUCAGAGCAUCCAACAGACCUCAAUGAAAACUACAAUAAGUCAGAAGAGCAUCCAGGGAAGAAUGAAGUCUCUGAAUGUGUAGAGAAAAAGCUUGAGCGCAACUUGAGUUUUGAAAUUAAAAAGGUACCCCUUCAAGAGGGGCCAAGGAGCUUUGAUGGGAGCACCCUCUUGAAUAGGGGACAUGCAAUCAAAAUUAAAACUGGCUCAUCUUGUGCAGUGGAUAAGACAUCUAAACUACAGGAACAAGGGUCAGGAGAUGCUCCUACAGAUACCUUCCAAAACUCUUGUAUAGAAUGCAAUAUGCAGCCACUGAAUAAAGCUAUAACAUCCUCACCUGAAGGCCAUCAGUGUCUGGUAGGUUCUGAUCCUCUGCAAAGACCAGACUGUUUGCCUCUCAAAGAGAAGGGACAUGCUAUGUGGUCGUUACAAGGGAUAAAAAAUGUACAGCCAACAUCAACACCAGAGGACACAUCUCCAGCUGUUUUAUGUCAUGGGAUUAAAAAUCUAUCUGUAGUAUCGAACUCACCAUCUCAAAUGGAUGCUCCUUCCAGUGAAUCAGCAGAUCAUUAUCACAGUGGCAUGCUUCCAGUUAGAGUACCCCUUUGUUUUACAAAUCCUCUGCAUUCUGAUGAUUCUGAUACAGAUGAAAGAAACUCUGAUGUGUCUAUGACACAAAGCAUGUCUAAUGUUUCAACUGCAAGUGCCACAGUUUCUGUGGCUGCUGGCACAGAAAAUGUUUCUGCUAGAAAAGUGUUGCCCAUGUCCAUUGCAAGACAGGAUGCCUCAAUCAUAGCCGAUAAAGAUGCUGGUGUUUCUGAAGACUCUUCUUCUACUCCUUUACCAGAAAGAACUCCAGAAUCUCUUGUGCUUGCAAGUGAGCAGAUCACAACUUUCCCCAAAGCUGUUAUCCUUCCACGAUCUGCUGAGUGGAGUUUCUCGCAAGACCAGAAACCUUCUGAUCAACCAAAAUGUACAGGAUUGAAAAUGGCGACUACACAGCUUGAUCAUCCUGAGAUAGCAGACAAAUCACAGAUUGAUACUAUACCUCAGCUUCCUCUUUCCAGUCCUGUUGUUAAAAGAGGUCCAGCACCAGAAGUUCCAGUUGAGACAGAUAUUGGUUUUGGUAACCGUUGUGGAAAACCAAGAGGACCGAGAGAACCACCUUCAGAAUGGACAUGAUGCAAGAACAAAUAGACAUUUUUAAAUUAUACUGGAAUAUUCCAAGUGCCACUGAACUCGAUCAAUAAAUAGUAUUCCACUUUUUAUUUUUGGGGACUAACACAGUGUACAUGCAACUAUCACAAUGGUACACUCUUCUAUACAUCCACACAAACAUCAAGCAUUCACAAGAGUGUUUUCUAGUAUUGUAAUCUAACUUUACUGGGGCCAUCAAUCUGCCUUACUACAUUUAGGAGAAAGUAUUACAUAUGGUUUAUUUUGUUACUUCAAGUAUUAUUGCCUUAAUGUCUUUUAACCUGUUACACACUGUUUAUAGACAUGUUAAUAUGGUGAAACUUUUGACAAAUUGAGUUUAUGGACUUUUUUGCUAACGUUUGAUUACCAUGUACACUUUAUUUUGUAUAUGUACAGGGAAAGCAGGUAUAUAAUUUGAUAAAGCUGCAAUCAUAAAGUAUUAACAGAAGGUGUAAGAAAUCUCUGCAUGACCUAAUUUUUUGUGUACCUUGUAAAUUAUUUGCCCUAAUGUUUUAGUAAAUAGUUUUCAUUUUAAAAAAAGUUGGGCGCACAUCCACAAUUACAGGAUAGCAGAGAUGAAGAUUGUAAUACAUUUUGUAAAUUGUAAGCAAAAGGUUAUUUUUAUAUUACAUACAGUUUCACUGUCAGUCAUAAUUUGUCCUGGUUUUCAUCUAGUCAUGGAGUCCAUAAGUGCCUUGAAAAUAACAGAUUUUAGCAUGAAUAUGUUCACUGAUUGAGAUCAGCAUAUCAACUUAUUUGAACUGCCAGUAAAAAAAGAGAACACUUCAA